AGGAGGGGCUCCAAAGCCAGCCCAGGGUGCUCUGAGGAGGAAAGAGCCAGCCUGUGCUGGGAAGGUGGCCGGAGCUUGAGGGAGAAUUCUGACCUGGUGGUCCCUGAUCAGCCUCCCAGCAGGGAAAAACCCUUCAGGUGCUUGGGAUGUGGGAAGAGCUUCAGGACGAGCACCCACCUCCUCAGCCACCAGCACAUCCACAGUGGGGAACGACCCUACAUGUGUUGGGAAUGUGGGAAGACCUUCAGGGACAGCUCUGACCUGAUCGAACACCAGCACAUUCACACUGGAGAAUGGCCCUACACGUGUGGGGAAUGUGGGAAGAGCUUCCACCAGCGCUCCAGCCUCCGCAAACACCAGCGCAUCCACACUGGGGAACGGCCCUACAAGUGCUUGCAGUGUGGGAAGAGGUUUAGGACCACCUCACAUCUCCUCACGCAUGAGCGGACGCACACGGAUGAGAGGCCCUUCCGCUGCACCGACUGCGGGAAGGGCUUCAACCAGAACUCCGCCCUCGUCACCCACCGGCGCAUCCACACUGGGGAGAGGCCCUACAAGUGUGGGGAGUGUGGGAAGAGCUUCAGCAGGAGCACCACCCUCCUCACUCACCAGCACAUCCACACUGGGGAACGGCCCUACCCGUGUGGGGAAUGCGGGAAGAGCUUCAAUGACAGGUCCACUCUGAUCCGACACCAGCGCAUCCACAGUGGGGAAUGGCCCUACACAUGUGGGGAAUGUGGGAAGAGCUUCAACUGCAGAUCCAACCUGAUCCGACACAAGCACAUCCACACUGGGGAACGGCCCUACAAGUGUGGGGAAUGUGGUAAGAGGUUUCUGACCAGCUCAGAUCUCCUCGUGCACCAGCGGACGCACACAGAUGAGAGGCCCUUCCGCUGCACCGACUGUGGGAAGGGUUUCAACCGGAACGGCCACCUCAUCAGGCACCAGCGCAUCCACACCGGGGAGAGGCCCUACAAGUGUGGGGAGUGUGGGAAGAGCUUCACACGGAGCCCUACCUUGACCAAACAUCAACGGACCCACCAGUGAGGGAAGCCCUACCAGUGCCCUGACUGUGGGAAGAACUUUGGCUGCUGCUUCCACCCAGAAUGAAGCCCCUGAUGCUGAGGCAACCCCUGGAAGUGCAAUGACUGUCAG